AUGUCUUCACCACAUUCAAGCCCCUCUCCUGCUGGUAGUCGCUCCAUUACACCCUUCACGGAUUUGAACACUGCUGUGGAAUCAGACCCCGAGUGGGUCAAAGUCCCUGAACCCAGAAACAAGACGAAGGGUAGAAGCAGUCCGUUCACCGAAAAGCAUGAGCCUACAAUCCCUUCAACCACACCAUCGUCAGAAACGGAUGAACUUUGCCGGGAACUCUCAAUUUCCUUGCACGUUGCACUGAAAGACCUCAAGCAUGCCAACACCAGGGGCUCGAAUUGGACUAAUGGAUACGUCAAGACACUACGCCCUAACAGCCCUACUGGCCGUGACUCUGCCUCGCAAGCCUUCAGUCCCCUUGCAAGUUCAUCUUGGUCUGAUUAUCAGUACGGCGUGGAGUCUCAUUGCGAGAAUUGUCCUGGCACUGGAUGUGGAUCAACAUCUGAGAUCUCUGCGGAAACGGCACCAAUUAACGCAACCAACUCCAACGCUGUUGAAAUGACGACCACCCAUAACGUUCCUGAGGUAACCGAAAUCAGGUACUUAGACGCCGAAACUGGGAAAUGGCAAUCCAUCAAGACUUAUUCCGCGGAUAUCCUGACUCAGCAAACUCAACCCGUGAUAAAACUUAGGAGGGUCAAUGAAAGUACUGCUGCAUCUGCUGAGGGGAGAAGUGCCGGCUUAGAAAAUCGAGAAACCAACACCGCAAGUCUUGAUAUGUAA